AUGAUAAUUGUCACUUGGAAUGUUAGGGGUGCUGGCAAGGAUAAGUGUGCUUCCACCAUUAAGGAUUUAAAAAAGGCUUAUGCUAUUGAUGUUUUUGCUGUGCUUGAACCUAGAAUUAGCGGUUCCAGAGCUCUCAAUGUCGCCAAGAAUUUGGGUUUUUCCCACUACCAUAUUGUUGAUGCCAUUGGGUUUUCUGGAGGUGUUUGGCUGCUUUGGAAUGACUUUUCUGUUUCUCUUCAGGUCAUCGCUCACUCAAGUCAGUCUAUUACUGCUAUUGUUCAUUUCAGGAAUAAGUGGUGGCUCCUAACUGUGGUUUACGCUAAUCCUCAUUCUAGGAUUAGAGAAUCCUUAUGGACCUAUUUUGAUGGUCUUGCUAAAGCUUCCAAUCUGCCCUGGCUAGUUAUGGGAGAUUUUAAUGAUACCGUUUGUGCUACUGAGAAAUGUGGUGGAAACUUUGAUCCUGGGGGUUCAAGCUUUGUUAAUUGGAUUGAUCGUAAUCAACUUAUUGACCUUGGCUUCUCUGGUGCGAAGUUUACUUGGUGCAACAAACGAAAUACCGAGGGUAUUAUUUGGAAAAGGCUUGACAGGGGGCUUAGUAAUAUUUCAUGGCGUCUCCUCUUUCCUGAAGCUCACCUCUCCCACUUGACCAGAGUUAAUUCUGAUCACUGCCCCAUCAUGAUUCGGUUGGAUUCUAAUCACUCCUGCAAUAGAGAUAGUAUUCCUUUCCGGUUCCAAGCUAUGUGGCUUUCCCAUCCGGACUUUGGUGCGUUUAUCAGGGACUCUUGGAACUCGUGCACUGGUCAUGCUGUUCAGAAAACUUUCAACCUUGUCCCUCCUCUCACCUACUGGAACAAGCAGGUUUUUGGUUGUAUCUUCCAAAGGAAAAGAAUGUUAUUGGCAAGACUUGCUGGAAUCCAAAAAAAGUUAUGUAUUGCUCCAAACCCUUUUCUUAGUCAACUUGAUGCUAAGCUCUCUAGUGAGUAUAAUCUCCUUCUCGAUCAGGAAGAGUUGUUUUGGAUGCAAAAAUCCAGGAAUACUUGGCUAAAGGAAGACAAGCAUGGCAUGAAACAGAUUGUGGUGAAUUAUUUUGUUGAGCUUUUUUCUGAUUCUGGAAUAAUUGGUGACUAUAAUCUUACUCCACAGUUAUUUCCUAGCCUUGAGGAGGCAGAUUUAGAUGGCUUAAGCACUACUGUUUCUGAUGAGGAAAUCAACCAUUCCUUAUUUUCCAUUGGUGGUUUAAAAACUCCCGGGCCUGAUGGUUUUCCAGCUAUCUUUUAUCAAAGGUUUUGGGAUCUUUGUUCUAUUGACCUCAUUACCCUCAUUAGAAAUUGCUUUCAGACUGCAACUCUGCCUGAGCAUCUCAAUGAGACCCUUAUUGCUUUGAUCCCCAAAGUUGAUAUUCCUGUUUACAUGACUCAACUUAGGCCUAUUAGCUUGUGCAACACCAUCUAUAAAGUGAUCUCUAAGAUUCUGGUUGCUAGACUUCGCCCCUGCAUGGCAAACCUCAUCAGUCCCAAUCAAGUAAGUUUUGUUCCGGGGAGACAAAUUACAGAUAAUAUCAUUGUUGCCCAGGAAAUGUUACACAAAUUCAAGAAUUCUAAAGGUAAGAAAGGGUUCAUUGCCUGGAAGAUUGAUUUGUCUAAGGCCUAUGAUCGUCUUAACUGGGAUUUUAUCAAGAAUGUGCUUUGGGAAGUUGGAAUUAGGGGUAGAAUCCUUGAGCUCCUAAUGCACUGUAUCACUUCAGUCAAGUACCAGGUCAUUCUGAAUGGCGAGGUUACCUCUGCUUUCUACCCUCAUUGUGGCAUCAGGCAAGGAGAUCCUCUCUCUCCUUAUAUUUUUGUUCUCUGCAUGGAAAAGCUUUCCCAUAUCAUUCAACAGAAGAUUCAUGACAAUGUUUGGAAACCUGUUCAAAUUUGUCAGGGUGGUCCUUUUAUAUCUCACCUUUUCUUUGCUGAUGAUCUAAUCCUUUUUGGAGAAGCUUCUACCACUCAAGCGACCUUGAUGAAGCAUUGCCUUGAUGAUUUUGGUAACCUUUCUGGUCAAAAGGUUAGCUUUGAAAAGUCUACCAUUUGUGUUUCCCCAAACACUAAUGCUGAUUUGGCCAAUGCUAUUGCUACCAUCAGUGGUUCCCCCCUCACUGCUUGCCUUGGAAAAUACCUUGGUGUUCCUCUCAUCCAUUCUAGAGUCACUAAAGUGUCUGGAGGGGUGUGUUAUAUGGCUCCACAGUCCUUGCCCAAGGUAUUAGAUGGAGAAUUGGAUCUGGGGAUGAUGUUUUAUUCUGGACAGAUGUUGCAUUCCUAA